UGUCCCCAGACCCCAUCCCCCGCAGCUUUCAGACGACUAGUCCUCAGCUGAGUUGAACCACGCACUUGAACUCAUACAAAUCUCAAUAAUUUUCCAUGAUUCAUCAGUGAGGAAAAAAACUCUCACUUAUGUCUGACCGUCGUCACUCGUCAUCGACCAAGGACACGGACAACUCGCCUAUAAUAAAUUCUCUCAUACCAAUUACAUGUCGUACGACACGUGUGGAAGUAAGUGAAUCGUCGAGGAACCCAAUAACACCCAGUAAUUAGCUUAACAGGUGGACUGCUAGCUAUUCGUCGUUUGGAGAUUGAACCCCCGAUGGCAUUGUAUCGCGAUAAGAACGACAGAAGCGCCUCGAUCACGACGAUUUUCUUCGACCUGGAUAAUACCCUCAUUGAGACAAGAAAGGGUGAUAGUUUAGCCUGCAAAAAGGGUGUGACGAAAUGUGCGUCAAUACUGAAAACUGUGACCAGCGAUUCCGAAAAAUUCGCUGCCCUCUUCAUGGUAACAAAGUUAGUGGACAAAAAUUGUAGUGUCGAGGCUAAAAAGCUCCUGUUCGAGGCGAUCGGUUCGAAAUUCCUGAAGAAGCUUCUGCUGAGUAACGAGGUCCCAGUGGACUGUCCCCCCCAGGUCUGCAAGUCAGUGGCGCUGUCGAUCCUCUCGGCCUUCUGCGUGGAGCCGGAGCUGGCCUCCCACCAGGAGAUGAUAGUCCAGGUGCCGGGGCUGCUGGAGAUAGUCUCGCAGUCGGAGGACGACGCAUCGGACGACAGCCUUCUAGCCGUUAGCGAGGCCUACACAGUCCUCCAGGCGAUCGCGCAGCACUCGCCGGGGCAGAAGGCCCUCCUGGAGGAGAAGGCGAUCCCGAAGAUGUGCGAGAUCUACUCGGAGAAGAGCUUCCAGACGGACGAGGCGCUGAACAUCCUGGUGACACUGGUCUCGAGGCUGGGAGCAGAGGCCUGGGACGCGAGGGACCCAGGCCCCUUCCACGGUAUCCUGAACAAAAUAGCCCUGGACUUCGAGACGGAUCACUCAGAGCGCAAGUUCGAGCUCUGCCCGAUCCUCCAGGCGCUGAUAUCCUCCUCCCGGAAGGAGGCGGUUGCGGACUCCUGCAAGGAGGAGUCCUGGCCGCAGAGCCUGCACAAGGGCCUCUCCGACAUCCUCUGCUCGAAGAUCGGCAAGAGCCAGAGGGACCCGGCGCUGAAGCUGGCGGCAGCCAUUCUGGAGCUCCUCGGCGCCGAGUGGACGCUGAUGGACGAGGAGAAGCCCAAGGUCCUCUUCCUCAUGCUGAUACAGCUGGCCUCCAUCGAGGUGAGGAUGCAGCUGGAGGGCAAGCAGCUGAAGACUGUCGUCCAGAACGGGGAGUUGAUAACAGCCUGCUUCGUCAUCCUGGAGAUUUGCCUGUCGUACAUAACGACUGAUCAGCUCGACCUCGAGCAGAAGGAGAAGCAGUCCCUGUACACGGCGUUGAAGGGGGCCUUCUCGGCGGUGAUUGGACUCCUCGGGGCAGUAUCCAAGAUGAAGGAGUUGACGGACAUCGGGGAACGCGUCUUCGUCUGCGCGAUGGUGAGGGUUUUGGCCGCCUGGCUCGCCCAGGAGACGUCGGCCAUGCGGCCACAGGUGUACGCAGUCCUGCCGUUCAUGAUGUCGGUGGCCAACGACACCUUCUACGCCAACAGAAAUCGGAAGAUGACGGAGAAGGCCAGGGCCGCUGCCAGGGCUGAGGAGGGCGCCUCCUCGGAGGUCGUGCACGAUCCUCUGAGUGAUGUUGACGUUCUCAGGGUGAUGCUCCCCGCGCUGUGUUAUCUGGCCGUUGAGGAGGAGGCGAGGAAGAUUCUGCUGAAGCACAAGCAGGAGGAGGUGCUGUUCGAGUGUCUGUCGUACCACUGGACCAUCGUUCAUUACAAGAAGCCACCGGUGCCGAGGGCAGAGCGUCUCAAGGCACUCAAGGAACCCCAGAAGGAACUCGACCCCAAGACUCUGGAGGAGAUGAAGGACUCCAGGGCUGCCAUGGUCUCCAUCUGCAAUGUUCUCAUGAAUAUCACGGUUCUUGAGGCCAAACUCGUCGAGCAGUCCGCGACAUUCGUGUCCAUACUCAAGUUUAUUUUUAAUAAUCUUCCGGAGCUGAAGCAGAUCAGCGAGAAUCUCGUGCUUCAUGGGCAUCUCGCUGUUCUCGGGCUGCUCCUACUCAAGCAGCAGGCGAAGCUCGUCAAGAAGAACGAUUUCAGUAUUUGUCGGUAUAUUCAGGCCACCAUCAGGUUCCUCUGGGACGCCUACGUCGUGGACGAGAGCAGCGACCCCACGGAGCUCGUCGUUGCCAUGUUCUAUAAGGAGCACUGGAUGGAGAUCAUGGAGCUCUGGUUCCUCGGCAUGCAGACCAUGGCUGGGGUCUUCGCCCUCAUACCCUGGCUGACCGAAUUCGCUAUUGAGUCUGGGUGGAUCGAGGGCAUGAUCGAGAUACUCAAGAAAGUCAGGAUUGGCUCGCUACCCCCCAAUGUCAAGUCCGCUUAUGAGGAUUUACUCUGUCAUCUUGUCAAGGCUGACUCCAAUGUCGUCUCGGUUUUGAAGAAGAAUGGGGCACUCACUUUAACGGAGGAACUGACACAGCUGUACAAUGUACCGCAAGAGACAGCUUCGCGAAUCACGGCGAAUUAUCUCAAGCAGUUUAGAAAGUGUCCCGACAAUCCGGCGUACGAUUUGGACACUUGGAGGGAGUCGUUGUGGGCUAAGGCUCUGGGAAAGUACUCGCAUGUCACGGGGAAGGUUUACGAGAGGUGGUUGUACCUGAGGUACUGUUAUUUGAAGAUGCCGGGGGACACGGUGGAGAUGCUGGUGGAGCUGAGGAAGAAGUAUCUGCUGGGGCUGAUCACGAAUGGGCCGUCCUGUGCGCAGAGGGAGAAGGUGCGGCGGCUGGAGCUGGCGCGGUAUUUCGAUAUCGUUCUGGUGUCCGGGGAUCUGCCCUGGGAGAAACCCCAGGCCGAGAUUUUUCAGGAGGCCUGUCGCUCCUUGGGGGUGCGGCCCUCCAAUUGUAUUAUGAUCGGGGAUAAGUUGGAGAGUGACAUCAAAGGGGGAAUCGAGAGUGGCCUAGCCGGCACCGUCUGGAUCCCACUCUCCGACAAAACCCGGCCAUCGCCGGACGACCCCAAGCCCGACUACACCAUCAAACACAUCACCGAUCUCAUGGCGAUCCUGAACAAGCGGCCUGGCGCCCCGGAGCUCGAGGACUCCUCCUCCAACGCUUCGGACGGAAGUUGAUCGUUCUCUCCUGACGAGGGCUAGCAAUAAUUGAAUUUCCGUUCAAGUUAUAGAAAUCACACAAUUAUUCGAGGCACCUAUUUUUCGGGGAAGUAGAUCAGGGGAGGGUGGGGUUAAACGGACACUUUAGACUUUUUUUCAAUUAUUCAUAACUCAGAAACUAAUUGAUCAAUUGAGCUCAGUUUGGGCU